UCAGAAAAUGGAGAAAAUAAAGAUGUUCUGGUUGGCGGUGUGCCUCAUGCUGGCCUGUGCUGAGGCCUCCAAAAUCCUGGUGGUGUUCCCCUUACCUUCAAGAAGUCACGGCAACCUUGGUGAUGGAUUGGUUAAGCAUCUGCUGAAUGCUGGACACGAGGUGACGUACAUAACACCAUUCCCCUACAAGAAUGCUCCUCCCACGCUCCGGACAAUUGAUGUCAGCAAGAACUUUGACAUCAUGCCUAUGGACAUUAUGAGCAUCAAGUCUAUUAUGGACUCUCCAAUGUUCCUGCACAGCAUCGGAUUUAUGCUGUAUAUGAUGAUAGACCUGAAUAGGCAUACAAUUCAGUUAGAAGAGGUUAACAAACUCCUCACAGACCCUAAAGAAGAAUUUGAUCUUGUCAUCGCAGAGUGGAUGUUUACUGACAUACCUGCUGGAUUUGCGUCAGUAUUCGAUUGCCCACUUAUUUGGCUGUCAUCAGUAGAAGUACACUGGAUGAUCCUCCAGCUCGUCGACCAGCCAACCAACCCCGCGUACACAGUGGACAUCAUGUCAACAUACACUCCACCAUUAAACUUCUGGCAGAGAGCUAAUGAACUGUGGACUCAAGUCAAAAUCAAUUUCUUGCAAUACGUUUUACAGGAGUUGAAGAAAAUUAUGGACAACGCAAAGCAUGGAGUAGUAUACUUCAGCAUGGGUUCCAAUUUGAAGAGCAAAGACAUGCCUGAGGAACUUAAGAAGAGUCUCUUGCAGAUGUUUGGAACUCUCAAGCAGACUGUGCUGUGGAAGUUUGAAGAGAAAAUGGAUAACCUCCCUUCAAAUGUUCACAUUCUAGAUUGGGCACCACAACAAGCAAUUCUUUCUCAUCCCAAUCUUGCCGUCUUCAUAACACACGGUGGUCUCCUGUCGACAACAGAAUCUGUGCACUUCGGUGUACCAAUUAUUGGUAUACCUGUGUUUGCUGACCAGUUUCUAAAUGUCGUAAAAGCUGUUAACAAGGGUUUCGCCCAACGAGUGGACCUAUCUUAUACCAUGGCUGAUAAACUAAGGGAAGCUAUAAUCGAAGUUACCAGCAAUAAAAGAUACGCAGAGAAGGCGAAGGAAUUGUCCUUUAUCCACCACGACCGGCCAGUGAAGCCAGGAGUUGAGCUGGUGCACUGGGUGAACCACGUGAUCAACACACGCGGCGCGCCACACCUGCGCUCCCCCGCCCUGCACGUACCCUUCUACCAGAAGAUAUACCUGGACCUCGCUGUUUUCCUCGUUAUCCUACUCCUGGUUGGACGCCUACUCGUGAAGAAAGCUUAUAGAGCAGUACUCUCAAAAAGUAAAGCCAAAACAAAGACUCAUUAGAUUUCUGUAAUUCUUUUAUUUAUAUGAUGAA